AUGGAGACUUCAGAAUCCUCCUCUCACAAUGAAGUCCACAGAGAAUCAGAAGAUCUAGACGAUGGAAAGACAGACUUCCAUGAGCAAGACCAGAAGGCUGAACUUUUUCCUGAAGAACAAAAUAAGAAAGACAAGUCUUCAUCCUCCUCUUCCUCCUCCUCAUCCUCCUCAUCCUCCUCCUCCUCCUCCUCCUCCUCAGAAAGCAGUGAUGACGACCACAAAGUAUCCAGAAAACGCCAGUGGAACCCAGGGCCCGGACACCCCCACAGGGACAACUCACCUGGUACCGAGCCUGGGAAAUCUGAUGUUUCGAAGGAUGAGCUUCAACUCUAUGGAGGUGCCCCUGGAGAGCUGGUGCCCUCUGGGGAGACAGAACUCCGGAGAAGAGGCUCUGACCCAGCAAGUGGAGAAAUAGAGGCCCCUCUUUUAAGAAAAGUGAAUAUCAAGAAAGACGAUGAAUUUUUCCAUUUUGUCCUCAUCUGCUUUGCUAUUGGGGCUUUGCUGGUGUGUUAUCACUACUACGCAGACUGGUUCAUGUCCCUUGGGGUUGGCCUUCUCACCUUCGCCUCCUUGGAGACAGUUGGCAUCUACUUUGGCCUGGUGUACCGGAUCCACAGUGUCCUGCAUGGCUUCAUCCCCUUCCUUCAGAAGAUUAGGCUGUUGGGGUUCAGGAGGACUGACUGA